CUACUGAUGGAAAUGCUGGCCUGCUGGCAGAGCCUCAAGUUGCCAUGUUCUGUGGCAAGCUCAAUAUGCAUAUGAAUGUUCAGAAUGGAAAAUGGGCAUCCGACCCCUCCGGGACCAAGACUUGCAUUGGAACAAAAGAAGGGAUUCUACAGUAUUGCCAGGAAGUUUAUCCUGAACUGCAAAUUACCAAUGUGGUUGAAGCCAACCAGCCUGUGACAAUCCAGAACUGGUGCAAAAGGGGACGGAAGCAGUGCAAGAGUCAGCCUCAUAUCGUGGUUCCCUACAGGUGCUUGGUUGGUGAGUUCGUGAGUGAUGCCCUUCUGGUGCCAGAUAAGUGCAAGUUCCUUCACCAGGAAAGGAUGGAUAUAUGUGAAACCCACCUGCAUUGGCACACGGUUGCGAAAGAGUCCUGUAGUGAAAAGAGUAUGAAUCUGCAUGAUUACGGAAUGCUGCUGCCCUGUGGAAUUGACAAGUUCCGUGGUGUGGAGUUUGUGUGCUGUCCGUUAACGGAUGAAAGUGACAAUGUUGAUUCAGCUGAUGCUGAAGAAGAUGAUUCCGAUGUCUGGUGGGGAGGUGCGGAUGCAGACUAUGCAGACGGAAGUGAUGAUAAGGUAGUAGAAGAACAGCCAGAGGAAGAGGAGGAAGUAACGGAUGUGGAAGAUGAAGAUGCUGAUGAUGACGAUGAUGAUGGCGAGGAGGUUGAAGAGGAGACAGAGGAAGAGUAUGAAGAAGCUACUGAAAGAACUACCAGCAUUGCUACUACUACCACUACAACUACAGAAUCUGUAGAAGAGGUUGUCAGAGAGGUGUGCUCUGAACAAGCUGAGACUGGUCCUUGCCGAGCAAUGAUCUCCCGCUGGUACUUUGAUGUGACUGAAGGAAAAUGUGCACCAUUCUUUUACGGCGGAUGUGGUGGGAACCGCAACAACUUUGACUCUGAGGAAUACUGCAUGGCAGUCUGUGGCAGCGUCAUACCCACCACAGCUGCCAGCACUCCUGAUGCUGUUGACAAGUACUUGGAGACACCUGGUGAUGAGAAUGAACAUGCCCAUUUCCAGAAAGCCAAAGAGAGGCUUGAAGCCAAGCACCGUGAACGCAUGUCUCAGGUCAUGAGGGAAUGGGAAGAAGCAGAACGCCAAGCAAAGAACUUGCCAAAGGCUGAUAAGAAGGCGGUUAUCCAGCAUUUCCAAGAGAAAGUGGAGUCACUGGAACAAGAAGCAGCAAAUGAAAGACAGCAACUAGUGGAGACCCACAUGGCCAGGGUAGAAGCCAUGCUGAAUGACCGUCGCCGUAUCGCUCUGGAGAACUAUAUCACAGCUCUCCAGGCUGUCCCUCCUCGUCCUCGCCAUGUAUUCAACAUGCUGAAGAAAUAUGUACGGGCUGAGCAGAAAGACAGACAGCACACCCUCAAACACUUUGAACAUGUCCGCAUGGUGGAUCCAAAGAAAGCUGCCCAAAUCAGGUCUCAGGUUAUGACACACCUACGUGUGAUAUAUGAACGCAUGAACCAAUCUCUUUCCCUUCUUUACAAUGUACCAGCAGUUGCUGAGGAAAUUCAAGAUGAAGUUGAUGAACUGCUUCAGAAAGAACAAAACUAUUCUGAUGAUGUCUUGGCCAAUAUGAUCAGCGAGCCCAGGAUCAGCUAUGGAAAUGAUGCCCUUAUGCCUUCAUUGACUGAAACUAAGACAACUGUUGAACUUCUUCCAGUGGACGGAGAAUUCAGCCUAGAUGACCUUCAGCCAUGGCAUCCAUUUGGUGUGGAUUCUGUCCCAGCUAACACUGAAAAUGAAGUUGAGCCGGUUGAUGCCCGCCCAGCUGCAGACAGAGGACUGACCACGCGACCAGGUUCUGGGCUGACCAAUGUUAAAACAGAAGAGAUCUCUGAAGUAAAGAUGGAUGCAGAGUUCCGACAUGAUUCAGGAUAUGAAGUGCAUCAUCAAAAGUUGGUGUUCUUUGCUGAAGAUGUGGGUUCAAACAAAGGCGCCAUCAUUGGACUAAUGGUGGGAGGUGUUGUCAUAGCAACAGUGAUUGUCAUUACUUUGGUGAUGCUGAAGAAGAAACAGUACACAUCCAUCCAUCACGGUGUAGUGGAGGUGGAUGCUGCAGUGACACCAGAGGAACGCCACCUUUCCAAGAUGCAGCAAAACGGCUAUGAAAAUCCAACCUACAAGUUCUUUGAACAGAUGCAGAACUAGAACACCGCAGCAGCCUCAUGCGUUGGACAGCAAAAAGAUUGCUUCACUGCCCAUCGGUGUUCAGUUAUAGAAUAAUGUGGGAAGAAAUAAAAACACUCUGUUUUAUUAUUUACUCAUUAUCGCCUUUUGACAGCUGUGCUGUAACACAAGUAGAUGCCUGAACUUGAAUUAAUAAAAUCAGUAAUGUAUUUUCUCUCUCUCUCUGUCUCUCUCUCUGUCUGUCUCUCUCGCUCUCUCUUUACAUUUCAGUCUUUACACUACAUUAUUAAUGAAUGUUUUUUGUGUACUGUAAAGAGUUUAGCUGUAUUUAACUAGUGCAUGAAUAGAUUCUCUUUCCCAAUUAUUUAUCAUAUAACUCCUUAGCCAGUUGUAUAUUAUUCUUGUGAUUUGUGACAAAAAAAAUUAAGUCCUAAUUGAAAUAUGCUUUAAGAAUUGAAGGGGGAUGCUUUCUGUGUCUGUGGGGUUUAGCUGCUUCUCCUUGCUGAGUAUUUUUUUCUGAUCACUAUGCAUUUUAAAGUACUACUACAUUUUUUAAAGUAUUCCAGAUGAGUUAUCGAGAUUAUUUUCCUCUGCAGUUGCAUUUUAUUGUACAGAUUGUUGCUUCUGCUGUAUUAGUGAUGUAGAAAUCAUGGGAAUAUACAUUUGUUUCUUUGUGCCUGUUUUAUGUGCACACCUUAGGCAUUGAAAGGUAAAAGUUAUUUUCUUUUUCAUGUACCUUUUGGAUCUUUUAGAAAAAAAAAUAAAAUUUUAAAAGGGAUCCCUAUUAAUUAAGAGCACUUAUAGGGGGAAAAAGUGCCUGCUGGCCUACAAUUAAUGGGGAUCCUACCAACGUCUCUGCAGGAUGAUUGUACAGAAUCAUUGCUUAUGAAUUGAUAGCUUUCUACACUGUGUUACAUAAAUAAAUUAAGAAAAAAAC